AUGUCCGGUCUGAUCCUGAACCCGAAGCCGUUCCUGAGUAACCUGACGGGCAAACCCGUGGUAGCCCGACUGAAGUGGGGCAUGGAGUACAAGGGCGUGCUACUGUCGGUGGACUCGUACAUGAACUUGCAGCUGGCGAACACGGAGGAAUACAUCAAUGGAGAGCUCACUGGGAAUCUGGGGGAGACACUUGUGCGCUGUAACAACGUGCUCUUUAUCCGCGGGCUACUGGACGACGAGAAGCCACCGACCGAGUCGCCAACGGAUGGCACGGAGCCCAUGGCAGAUAACCAGUAG